AUGACACAACAAUUCAACAGUAUAGAUAGAGAAGAAGAAGAAGAAGAACUUUCAAGAGUAACUCCAAUUCCAUUAGAAUCAUUAGAUGAUCUAGAUACAACGUCAGAUAGUUAUUCGACUACUAGUAGUAAUAAUAAUAAUAAUAAUACAACGAAAAAGAAAUCAUGGAUUAUACCAACUUUAUAUAAAUUUCAAAAAUAUAGUGCAUAUUCAUUUGUUUCAUUUUUAGGAAUUCAUGUUUCUUCAGUUAUUAUAGUACCUAUAUUACCAAUUGAUCAAGGGAUUAAAGAUGAAGUAUUUUCUAUGGCUAAGGCUAUUUAUCAAUCUAUUCCAUUAUAUGAAUCAAUAUGUAUAUUUGGAUCAGUUUCUAUUCAUUUAUUAUCAGGAAUUGGAAUUAGAAUAUAUAGGAAAUUAAUAAUUAAUAAUAAUAAGAAAAUUAAAAGAGAUAUGAACAAAAAUUCUAAAGAAAGAUUUGAAUUGAAUAAAAUUAAAGAUGAUGAUGAUGAUAUUGGAUUUGGAGGAUUAUCUAAUUUAUUUGGACUUGGAUAUAAAAAAUCGUUUACUGUUAAAUAUUUUAAAUUAACUCCUUUACAAUUUUCAGGAUAUUUAUUAAUUCCAUUUUUAUUAUUUCAUGGUUAUAAAUUUAGAUUUAUUCCAUGGGAAAUCGAAGGUGAUAGUUCAUUAAUUAAUUUAGAAUAUAUUUCAUAUGUAUUAAAUUUGAAACAUCCUUUAUGGAACACAUUUGCUUUAUGUUCUUUAAUUUGGAUAAUGGCUUAUCAUUCAACUAAUGGUUUAUUGAAGCUACAAAAUAAAUAUUCUAAGAAUUGGAAGAAAAUCGGUUUAUCUAUUGUUAAUGGUAUGGGAUUCUUAGGAAUGUUUGCUGUUUAUUUAUUUAAAAAUAAUAAAACUGUUAUUGAUAUAAAUGGAUUUUUAGGUAAAUCAUUUGCCAAAUAUCUUCAUUCAUUCUGGGUGUAA